GAUUGCAGUGUUGUGUGUGUGUGUGAGAGUGUGUGAGUGUGUGGCUCUGGGACAGCAGGGGCGACACACCGGCAGGAAAACAAAGAGCACAUCCUCCUCACUGCGAUCUCCAACAAAAGAUCCGGCGAGCAGCAUCAGUCCCGCAUCACACCCGCAUCUCCUGCGUUUCAACACACACACUGAAGGAUCUGAGAGUAAAAGCGCCGCGGCGUGGAAACGCAGACGCGUGUGUUUAAUCCCGACAGGUACAUCAGAGGCUUCAUCCCCGAACUGCUUCAUCAUAUUACUGCCCAUGAAGAGGAGUUAAUCUGGACACACACACACACACACACACUCAAACACGCAUGGACUAGAGGAUGAAGCUGGAAAACCCUGAGUGACCUUCCGCUCUGGUUCCAUGCUGGCUCGUACAAACAUGUCGUCUCCGGAAGCCGCACAACCUCCCCCAAAACCCGAACUUAAACAGAAACCCCGAAUCCCUUCAAAACCCGACACGAACACCUCACACUCACCUCUCAUGGACAAGGACACGUUAAAUAAAAACAGUGGGAAAGUCCAUGAGAUAGUCAGCAAGUUUAACCACCAUGAUGCUCAGCCUCCUGCUGCAGGUCCCGCUGAUGAAACUGGACGUAAAAAGAAACCGAAACGAGCACCUACGGUCAAACCCAAGCCUAAAGUCAAGAGUGUUCCUCCAGUCAGUGCUGAGCAGGUGCCACCGCUGCCCCUGAAACGACGCCAGUCACAGAGGAAGGACGCCGAGCAGAACUCGAGCACUGUCUCACGUGACUUCACGGAUGGCCGACGAUCAGCUCCCGAUGGUAAAGAGUUCGAGCAGCAGAGUGCGGGUUCGAGGCCGGAUCAGGAACCUCAAUGUGAGAAGAACUGCACUUGUGUGUGUCACCUGCAGCAUCCUGGCAUGAAACUCAUGUGGGUGCGGAUAUCUGAGGAAGAGGAAGAGGAGCUCAAACAGACCGAUGAAGACGUGGUCAAUGAGGAAGAGAGCAAGAGCGACGAAGAAGCAGAAUUAGAAUCGUAUCAGAGCGCGUCUUCAGAAUCAGAUUACAGCCUGAACGACUCCCAGUGCGGGAAUAAAACCAAGUUUAAGGCGACUCUGAAUAUAAUAGAGCGACAGCUGAGGAGGAAAUCCGACCCCGGUCCCGAGGCUGUGCUUCACGCCGUCAACUCUUUGCCUCAGUUUCAGCCACACCUCACCAAGGCCUACUCUGAAUCAGAAGAGGAGUCUGUUUAUGAAGCCACGAUCGAUUUGAUCAUUCCUCCCAGACGGGCAGCCGAGGAAACUCCUACCAUACCUGAAAUCCAAGUGAACAAAUCUGCUCCUGCCGUUCCACCCCGGAAGCCUCUGGAUAAAACCAAAGGGCGAUACGUUCCCAGAAGAGUUCCACUAUCUCCACUACCGGGAGCAUUCCAACUCCCAAAGCUGCCUUCUGCAGAUCAAGGUUCCAGUGAACGCCUGCAGCCAGUUCGACAACCACCGCCACCUCCUCCAACCAAAGCCAAAGACAGACUCCUGAGCAACCUCUCUCAGACAUGUGAAGAAGGUGAAGAUGAUCAAAGCCAUGGUGGAGAUGAAACUGAAAACAAGGAGCAAAGACGAUCUACUGGCCUGUCUCGAAAGAAGUCGGUUGAUAUAGAGGCUAAUAUGCCAGAAGAGCUUCUGUACCAGAUUUACACUGAAACCUACAUAUCGAGGGAGAUUCGACGGCAGACGGUGUGUCGUAGCAUCAGUAAGACGAGCGCCGAUUACCCGAUGGAUCACGGACCCCCGCGGCUCAGCCCCAACUGCUUGAGAAGCAGUCCUAUUUCCUUCCAGAGGACGCUGUGGCAGGACCAGCCUAUUGUCCGGGAGAGCGGUAUCCUGAACAUCCUCGCGCCAGAGGAGUGCAAGUACCAGGAGAGCAUGUUCGAGGUUUUGACAUCAGAAGUGUCGUACUUGCGUUCCCUGCGUGUCCUGACCGACCAUUUUAUGGAGUCACGAGAACUGAAUGAGAAUCUUAUUAACCGAGACAAAAAAACUCUCUUCUCCAACAUCCUGCGCAUCCGAGAAGUCAGCGAGAAGUUUCUUAAGGACCUGGAGGACCGGCUGGAUGAAAGUUUACUCCUCAGUGACAUCUGUGAUAUCAUCAAUUACCACGCGCAGCACAACUUCCCCGCGUACAUCGACUACGUUCGGAACCAGAUUUACCAGGAGAAGACCUUAACCUCGCUUAUGCAGAGUAACGCUGGCUUUGCGACGGUGAUUGGUCAUCUGCAGGAGGACCCCAAAUGCCAGCGGCUGCCCUUUUCAUCCUUCCUCCUGCUGCCCUUCCAGCGAAUCACACGCAUCAAGAUUCUUAUUGAGAACAUCCUGAAGAGAACUGCUGUGGGCACCAAACAAGAGGAGAUGGCCUCGAAAGCUCUGGCUGCUGUGUCCAAGAUUAUAGAGGAGUGUAACACCCAGGUUGGGAAGAUGAAACAGAUGGAGGAGCUCAUAGAGAUCAACAAGACGCUGGAGUUUGACAAGCUGAAGGCCGUGCCAAUCAUCUCGCAGACCCGUUUCCUGGAGAAGCGAGGAGAGCUGCAGGAGAUGGCCAAAGGUGGAACCCUGUUUAAUAUUAAACCCAAGUUCACGCCCGUCUACCUCUUCCUCUUCAACGACCUGCUCGUCUUAGCCAGCAAGAAAGGCUCGGAGCGCUAUGUGGUGAUUGACCACGCCCACCGCUCUCUGGUGCAGGUUCACGCUAUGGGAGAGCAGGCGAUGAGUGUGAAUCUGGAGAACUGCUUCUGCCUCACGCUGCUGGAGAACCAUCAGGGACGCAUGAUGGAGAGGCUCUUGAAAGCGCCAUCUGAGUCUGAUAUGCACAGAUGGCUGGCGGCGUUCCCCAACCCUGAGGAUCCAAACCGAGAGCAUGAGGAGACCGUAUAUGAAGACUGGGACUGUCCACAGGUGCAGUGUGUAGAGCAGUACAUAGCGACGCAGGCUGAUGAGAUAAAUCUGGAGCCCCCAGAGAUCAUCAAUGUCAUCCGCAAAACCAACGAAGGAUGGUACGAGGGGAUCCGUCAUUCUGACGGUCAGAAAGGCUGGUUCCCCGUGAAGAACGUUCUGGAAAUCACCAGCGAGCACAUGCGACGACGAAACCUGCGAGAACGUUACCGCGUCAUGCAGGCGGCCAGCGCCAUGACCAACAAGACACGGACCGGCUCGUGACCGCACAACACACACAUGGACAUUGUGUUUUUUUACUGGACAUGUGAACAAGAAGAAGAAGAAGAAGAGAUGUGAGCCUUCAUGAUCAGUAGUUAUGAUUUGUUUUAAGCAACGUGCUGCAGAACAGAGAUCAUCACACUGCCGACUGCAAUUCAUGUCUUAUUAAAACAUGUUCCUUUUACAUAACGUGUGUGUGCGUGUGUGUGUGUGUGUGUGCCAGCGAUUUUGAGCAGUCAGGAGAAUUACACUUGUAUUUUUUACACUUCUGCCUCAUUUCCCAUCAUGCCUUGCUGAGUGAAAGUGAAGAACUGGACCUGAAAACACUCAAAAGGUUUUUGCUGUUAAAGUUUCACAAUGUCACGAGGCCUUUCUGAUUUUUGACUUUCUUCAACUAAAAUCAAAUCCAAAAUGGAAAGCACAAAAAAAAUCACUCAGUUUAUGUUGUGUGUUCAUGUGUAAAGUGUAAAGUACAUUCUAAUGUGUAUUGAUUACAUGCAUAAUUCUUUUUAAACA